AUGGGGGGAACUCUAGAUAAGCAAAUAAAUAAAGAGCGUGGACCUUAUGUUUUCCGACUGAAUGGCCAGAACCGCCACCAGAUAGGCACCCUGCUACCUCAAGAAGGAAAUAAGCCUCGUUUCCAGCAGUUGUAUAUCUAUGACACGAAUAAUGAGAUCCAGAACAGGGUAGAAGCAUCAAGAUCUGGUGAACGUGAUGCCUCACUAGAUGAAACAAUUGUCAGUGGCCUACAGAGCAUGCUCGACGAGAAUAACACACUAGCACAAUCAUUCCGAAUGGCAAGAGAUAGAUUUAAAGAAGAUGACUACAACAACUUCACUCUAAGUUUACUUGGCAACAGGGAUCAAGAUGGGAGACAAGAUAACAUGCCAUCAACAUCGGAAGUUGCUGCACUGAUGGUCAAAGAUCCAACCCAAAAACAUUAUGGGCGUGACAUUGUUCUCGAGUACAAAGAUAUGAAACCUAAAAGGAUUUCAGAAAUCCAUCCAAAAUUCAUGGCCAUGCAAUACCCGUUGCUCUUCCCAUAUGGAGAAGAUGGUUAUAGACUUGGAAUCAAAUACAACAAAAAUAAAGGUGUGAGUAACAAGAAAUAUAUCACCAUGCUGGAAUACUAUGCAUAUUAUCUCCAACAGCGCCCAGGUCAGUCAAUGUUGCUGCUAACAUGUGGAAAUCUAUCAAUGCAGUUCGUGGUAGAUGUCUAUACAUGCAUCGAACAGUGUAGACUCAGUUGGAUCAGAAAAAAUCAAGGAAAAUUAAGAACAGAACUUUAUGAUGGACUACAGGACGCACUCAGAAAAGGAGACACACUGACAGAGCAAGUAGGGAGGAGAAUAGUACUCCCAGCAAGUUUCACAGGAAGUCCUCGAAACAUAGAGCAGAACUACCAAGAUGCGAUGGCAAUAUGCCGUUGGGCUGGACAUCCUGACUUGUUCGUAACAUUCACAUGCAACCCUAAUUGGCCUGAGAUUCAGUUGAUGCUAAAUGAAGCAGGGAACCAGAAACCAGCAGAACGACCUGAUAUUGCAGUUCGAGUGUUCAUGAUAAAACUAAAAGAGCUCAUGUUUGAUAUUAAAAGUAAACAACAAUUUGGAAAGACUAAAGCAAUCAUCUUCACAAUAGAAUUCCAGAAGAGAGGACUCCCACAUGCCCAUAUACUAAUAUUCCUUGACGGAAAAGAGAAAGGGAAGCGUCUCAAGCCCUCACAAACAGAUGAAAUUAUAUGCGCUGAAAUCCCAGACAAGGACAAGGAUCCAGAAACAUUUGAAGCUGUCAAGAAUUUUAUGAUGCACGGACCAUGUGGAGAAGCAAAUCCAAAGUCACCCUGCAUGGAAAAACAUAUGUGCAGUAACUACUUUCCAAAAGAAUUCUGUGACGAGACGAUCGUUGAUGAAGACAACUUCCCGAGGUACAGGAGACGAGAUAAUGGCCGCCAGAUAGAUAAGGGAGGAGUCAAGUUGAACAAUGGAUCUGUUGUACCAUACAACAAAGAUCUCCUGGUAAAAUUCCAAGCACACAUAAAUGUGGAGUUGUGUAAUCGAUAUAUGUCAAUCAAAUACCUCUUUAAGGAUAUCCGUCAAGGAGAUAACCAAGCAACAGCACUGGUUGAAGAAACAGACCAAUCAAAACACAAUGAUGAGAUUAAAAUGUACCUUAGAUGCAGAUACAUAACAGCAACUGAAGCAUGCUGGCGAAUAUUCAAGUUUCCUCUACAGUACCAGCAACCAUCUGUUCAGAGGCUAAUGUUCCAUGAGGAGAACAAGCAACAAGUCAUUUUUCCUGACUCAACAAACCUAGAAGAAAUAAUACAGCGGCCAAGAUCAAGUAUCACUAUGUUUACUGAGUGGAUGGAGACAAAUAAAAAACACAAAGAUGCGAGAGAAUUAACAUAUUUGGAGUUUCCUACAAGAUGGACAUGGGAUAGGACAAAACAGAAGUGGACAAGGCGGAGAGCAGGAAGGAACAUCGGCAGGAUAUACAAUGCUCAUCCUGCAAGCGGAGAAAGGUACUAUCUCAGAGUUCUCCUCAACACUGCAAAGGGUUGCAUGACAUUUGAAGAUAUCAGGACUGUCAACGGAAUCGUGCACUCAUCAUACAAAUCAGCAUGUCAUGCGCUAGGAUUUCUUGAGGAUGACAAGGAGUGGACUGAGUGCAUCAAGGAAGCAUCAGAAUGGGCAUCUGGGGUGCAACUACGCCAAUUGUUUGCAACUAUUUUGUGCUAUUGUGAGGUUACUGACUCAGGGAUGUUAUGGGAAUCCAACUGGGAGAAACUCUCUAAAGACAUACAGCACACACCAAGCUGGAUUACAAACUUUCCACACCCCUUCACUCCUUCACACAACAGAAAAUGCACUUUAACAGAAAUUGAGAAGCAAAUGGGACAAGCUGGAAGAUCACUAAAGGAUUACCCUGGAAUAGAGAUACCAAACAUGUCUGAGUUAAAUGAAAUAGAGAACAGGCUUAUAAAUGAAGAAAUGAACUACGACAAAGACAAGUUGAAGGCUGAACACGUGCAAAUAGUGGAAAAUCUAAAUUUAGGUCAGAAGAAGGCCUUCGAUGCAAUAAUAGAAUCAGCAGAUCAAUCAUUAGGGAAGAUAAUAUUCGUGGAUGGCUAUGCCGGGACAGGUAAGACAUACCUUUGGAAAGCUAUCACUACAAGGCUAAGAUCGGAGGGGAAAAUCGUACUCGCAGUUGCAUCUUCUGGCAUCGCAGCGCUUCUGCUUCAAGGAGGUAGAACAGCACACUCAGCAUUCAAUAUUCCAAUCAACCUGACAGGUCAAUCUACAUGCUACAUCAAACAAGGUUCCGAGGUGGCUAAUCUAUUAGUGAAGACGUCACUAAUACUAUGGGACGAAGCUCCAAUGGCAAACAAAAAAUGCUUCGAAGCACUUGACAAGAGCCUAAGAGAUGUGCUCAGGUUCACCAAUGAGAAUAGUUGCAACAAGCCCUUCGGCGGCAUGACAGUUGUUCUAGGAGGGGACUUCCGACAAAUCCUCCCUGUUGUGCCAAAGGGAAGAAGGGAGCACACUAUAAGUGCGUCAAUCAAAUGCUCAUACCUCUGGCAACAUUUCAAGGUAUUCAACCUUACUAAAAACAUGCGGCUCAAUUCUCUGUGCAAUGAUCAAGCAGAGAAGCAGAAGACUGCGGAAUUUGCAGAAUGGAUACUACAGAUCGGUAAUGGAGACGCAUGUUUAUUAGAUGAAAAGGAGUAUGUAAGUAUCCCCAGUGACCUGCUGCUACAAAACGGAGAUGAUCCGAAAACAAAAAUCAUCCAAAGUACCUAUCCUGACCUCCAAGACAAUUUCUGCACACGGAAGUUCCUGGAAGAAAGGGCGAUAUUGUGUCCAAUGAACAAGACUGUCGAAGAGAUCAAUGAGAAUAUUAUGGGUCAAAUCCAAGGUGACAGGGUGACAUACCUGAGCUGUGACAGUGUGAGCAGAUCGAUGUCUUACAACAAUGAAAUGGAAUUGUUGUAUACUACAGAGUUUCUAAACAAGUUAAAGCACCCAGGAUGUCCAGAUCACCUACUUGAGCUCAAAGUCGGUCUGCCAGUGAUGCUUCUCCGCAACAUCAAUCAAAGCGCAGGGCUAUGUAACGGUACUAGAAUGACAAUCACAAAACUUGGAAAAAGAGUCAUCGAAGCGCAGAUCAUAACUGGAGCGCACGUCGGUAGUAAGGUAUGCAUCCCUCGGAUGACCACAGUGACAUUCGAGCCUAAAUGGCCAUUUGUACUACAAAGAAAGCAAUAUCCUCUGUCCGUGUGCUUCGCAAUGACAAUCAACAAGAGCCAGGGACAAUCUUUGAAUAAGGUCGGCCUCUACUUGCCCAGGCAAGUUUUCACUCAUGGGCAACUCUAUGUGGCGGUCUCCAGAGUAACAAACAGGCAUGGCCUGAAGAUCCUGAUCGCCGGCGACGAUGAAGAACACGCAAGCAAAGGGAUGGCGAAGAACAUAGUGUACAAGGAGAUCUUCUGAAAUGCCUAUCUGUAGCAGUGUCGUACUGUUCUAUGUAUUAAAUAAAGUUAGGUAUCUUCUAAAAUGCCUAUCUGUAGCAUUGUAGUACUGUUCUAUGUAGUAAGUUAUGUCAAGACUGGCCGUGAUGCACUUCCGGCCAUCAGUAAGCUAGUGUUCUACAGCACGGUUGCAGCGCAACUGAUGCCAAGACUCUAAACCGCGGAUAUGUGCUUUGGUUAAUCUCUUGUACUACUGUACCAUCUACUUGCUCAAAUUUUUGUUGUCAUCUCGUCACUGAGACUGGAUUACGGGCCAACAAUUCGAGGUUGUACCCGAACCCGUCGAACAGUUCAAAAUGGUGCGUUGAAGCAAAAAGGGG